CAUUCUGAGAGUCCUUAAUUAACAACGUUAUUUUUAUUCUCUUAUUUUUCUGUUUUCUUUUUCUUUCCCAACUUUUCUCCAAUGGAAUAUAUGGGUCAGAAGAAAACAUUGUUCGCCUGUGUUUUUUUAAUGAUGGUGCUCUUUUUAGGGUUUAGUUGCGUCCACGGACGAAUCCUAAAAAAUAUGAAUGUUGAUCAUGAAGAUAACAAGAAAAUGAUGGUAAUGCACUACGGACUGAUGGUUGAUCAAAAGACGGUGCAGCUCUCGCCAUCACCACCGUCGCCUUCACCGCCGCCACCGGGAGGUAAGGGAGCAGAAGAUUUUAGGCCUACAUCACCCGGUCAUAGCCCUGGCAUUGGCCAUAGUUUACCCCACAACUAAUCAUAUUUAUGCAAUUCCACAUAUUCAUGUGUCUCAGUAUGUGUUGUUAACGUGUGAUUUGUUGUCUUUUAAUCAUUCUCAUGCAGUUCCACUCAUGAUAUGUUACGUCGGUCGUUAGAAAUUU